AUUGAACAUUGGCGUAACGUCGUGUGCAACUAAGUAUUCAGCGUAUCCAGUGUAUCCCUUGUAUACUUAUCCAAAUAUUUACGAGCACGUAUUUUCUUCAGAAGAAAUCUGAUUUACCAGGUCGUUUGUCAAUACACGUCGAUUUUGAUGAGUAUUUAUUAACGCCGUUUCAAAUACCAAGUCUAAGGGGUCACCUAACGCAAUUGCAUUGUGCUUAGUUCCGAUAAUAAAUUUCCAAAUUAAAUGUGUAUUGUCGUGUACGUUUAAAAAGGCUCGAUCGAUAUACUAUACUAUGUUGUUUUCAGACAAAAUUAGAACCUUCAAAAUUAGAUUAACGUAAAUGCUCACUAAAAUGGAUUAAUUACUGAUAUACUGAAAACAUUUUGCAUUUCAUAUAUCUUAAACUAUAUCUUCAAGCCCCUCGUUCUCCGUCAGAGGGGAUUCACUGCUGUCAAAUUUCAUGUAUGUGUGCGUUAUCGCAGAUCAACUCUGGUCCAUGACGUUUGUUGGUCCAUGACGUUUGUAACUAUGAACAAUAAUGGGGGAAAAAUCACUACAUAACACAUUCAUGAAAGUUUUUCGCGGUUUUACAAGUUUUGAUUUAAAAACGUUCCGGUUUUAUAAUUUUUCACAUCGAUCAAUUUCAUUAACAAAAAGAACGAAACCCAAAACAAACGCCAUGUUGCCGAAUAUGUUGGUUACACGAUGUUUGACAGAUAGAUCCUCCCUGUUCUCCGUGCCUGCUGCAGCUGCCGAAAACGUCAAAACAAAGCAUCGACCACAACUUGUGCUUCCCAAAUUUUUUGCUGUGCGGAUGAAAAUCAUGACUGAGGUUUGUGAAAAACGAAAACGACAACUGCUUAAUACUGUUCUGGAAGAGGUGAAAGAUAACCCGGAGUCCCUAGAGAAACCUACCGCUCAAAUUUUUUACAUGAAGAUUGCUGAAAAAACUCUCUCAAUUGAAGCUCUGAAUUGGACGUUAAUGAAGAGUAGAUUGAGGAACUUGAAGACAUCGUACUUAAAAGCAGACGCUUGGAAAAAUCAAACUGGUGCUGGCCUGCUGGCAGAAGGUAUGGAAUCAAGUGUAUCGGAAUAUAUACAUAAAAUAUGUCCAUAUUAUGAAACUCUGGAGCAAAUCUUUGGUCAACGUAAAAGUGUUAAACCGGACGUCGUCAUUGAGACGUCAAGCAGCACCUAUGAAGAUUGCAUUGUUGAAACGGAACCUGUCAAUGCUAGCAUUUCUGAAUUAUACGAUUCGGACCAGUUUGUCACUCAAGAUGCUGCUUUCAUUGAGAAUAUCACGGAAGAGGAAGUGUUGAGUCAAGAUUGCGAAUACGGAACUGACGCGAAUCGAACCAUCAGCGGCAUGGAUUUUACAGCAUUUAAAAACCAGCUUAAGAAGCGACCUCUGAAGAGGAACAAACCAUCGAUUAAUUCUGGAUCGAUUUCGCUUCUGGUGGACAUACAAGAGAAAAAACUUAAGUUUGAAGAGACGAAAUGGAAUAAGCAGAUACACAUGGAAGAGGAAAGAUUGCAGCUAGCCAAGGUACAGGCGGAAAAUGAAGUUGAAUUAAAAAAAUUAGAGCUGUCUCAUCAGCUGGAAAUCAGAAAGUUAGAGUUGGAGAAAGAAGAACGGCUUGCGACGGCUAAGAUGAAUUUGGAUAUGGAGUACAUGGAGCGAAUCAAAAAGUAUGAAUUGCAUUUGAAAGCAAAUAACAAUGUUUAAUUUGGCGCUCAGUAAUGUAAU